AUGGCCCCAGGCGACUACGCCUCGGUCGGGUCUGGAAAACUCAAGCUCAAAGGCGUCAAGGACGGCAAAGUGGACAAGAAAAAGAAGAAAUCCAAAUCCAAAUCCAACCCGUCUGCCACGUCUUCUGCCGCUCUGCCUAGAAACGAUGGUGAUGGUGAUGGGGAUGGAGAUGACAGGACCGAUGACGCCAACAGCUUUCAGGAUCGUUCGGUCAUGUUGAAGAAUCUACAGGAUGAGGAUGAAAAAGUUGCGGACGAUGAGCGGCGGCGGAGGCGGAGGCGGAAAGGGGGAGAAGGUGAAGAAGAUGAGGAGGAAAGCAAGGAACUUGUGUCUCGGAGGGAGCAAGAUGCCGGAGAGCAUCAGGAGCGAGAGAACGCUGGUGAGCAUGUCAAGACAGAAGCCGAGAGGAGAUAUGAAGAACAGCGGCGGAGGCGACUCGAGGAGCGUUUGAAGCGCGAAGGUGUCAAAACACACAAGGAGAGGGUCGAGGAGCUGAAUCGCUAUCUCAGCAGUCUCAGUGAGCAUCAUGACAUGCCGAGAAUUGGACCGGGAUAA